CAAGCUUCCCUUUUCUUAUUUUCAUGGUUUGAUCUCAAAAAGACUUUGAAUUUUGCAACUGUUUUGUUGUGGUCACUACCUUAUAUAGUUUUAAGAGUUGAGAAUGGUAGAAGUUAUUGUUUCUGUAGUUGCAAAAGUUGCAGAGUACUUGGUUGCUCCAAUAGGCCGCCAAUUUUGUUAUUUGUGCAACUACAAUAACCACCUGGAGAAUCUUCAGAGAGAAGUUGAAAAGCUGAUAGAUGCAAGAGAGAGGGUGAAACAUUCUGUUGAUGAUGCUAAAAGAAAAGGGGAGGAGAUUGAAGAUGAUGUUGAGAAGUGGUUGGUUAAUGUGAAUAAGAUUGUUGAUAAGGCAGAGAAGUUUAUUGAAGACGAAGAGAAAGCGAAGAAGAACCGAUGUUUCAAGGGGUUGUGUCCUAAUUUGAAGAGCCGCUAUCAGCUUAGCAAGAAGGCAGUGAGGGAGGCAAAAGUUGUUAUUGGACUUCAGGAAAAAGGGAAAUUUGGUAGAGUUUCAUAUUGUACUGUUGCGGAGGCGAUUUGGCUUACAGCUGAUAAAGGUUAUGAGGCCUUUGAAUCAAGAAUGGCCUCUUUGAAGAAGAUAGUAAAUGCAUUAAGCAGGCCUGAUAUUUACAUGAUUGGUGUGUACGGGAUGGGAGGCAUUGGCAAGACUAUGCUGGUGAAGGAAGUUGCUAGACAAGUCAAGAUGCACAAGCUCUUUGAUGAGGUGGUUUUUGCAGAAGUAUCUCAAACUCCUGAUAUAAAAAGGAUUCAGGGAGAAAUCGCGGACGAAUUAGGCCUUGAAUUGAAUGUGGAAAGUGAGUCCGGAAGAGCAAGCAAACUAUAUGCACGAUUGAAGAAUGAGAAGAAGAUACUUGUAAUUCUUGAUAACGUUUGGGAUGGUCUUGAUUUGGAUAGAAUAGGAAUCCCUUUUGGAGAUGAUAAUAAGGGAUGUAAAGUAUUGUUGACAUCAAGAGACUUAGAUGUAUUGUCAAAUAAGAUGGAUACUCAAGAUAAUUUCUUGGUUGGCGUUUUGAAUGAAAAAGAAGCUUGGAGCUUGUUCAAGACGGUGGCGGGUGACCAUUUCGAAAACCGCAAUUCGAAAUCUAUAGCAACUGAUAUAGUCAAGGAAUGUGCAGGUUUGCCUAUUGCCAUUGUAUCAUUAGGAAGGGCAUUAAGAAACAAGAGCUUAUUUGAAUGGAAGAAUGCCUUGUUAACACUAAGAAGACCUUCAUCAGCAACCUUCACAGGUAUGCAUGCUGUAGCUUAUUCUACUAUAGAGUUGAGUUACAAUCAUUUAGAAGAUGAGGAACUCAAGUCAACCUUCUUGCUUUGUAGUCUAAUGGGAUAUACUGAAAAUGGUUCCAUGUUACAUUUGUUGAAUUAUGGAAUAGGUUUGAGUUUAUUUAAAGGCAUCGUUACAAUGGAAGAAGCACGCAAUAGAGUAUCUACAUUAGUCCGAAAACUCAAAUCCUCUUCUCUGUUGCUGGAUAGUUAUAGUGGUGAAAUGUUUGCUAUGCAUGAUGUUGUUCGCGAUGUUGCCAUAUCAAUUGCUUCUAGAGAGUGGAAUGUGUUUACAAUGAGAAAUCAGGUUGUUCCCUGGGAAUGGCUAGAUAAGAACUCACAAAAAAAUUGUACUGUAGUCUCCUUACAUAAGACUUAUUCUGAUGAAAUUCCUGAAGAGUUGGAAUGUCCUCAACUGAAGUUAUUCUAUAUGUUUAACAAUGAUCCUUCAUUGAAAAUCCCAGACAAUUUUUUUGCAGGAAUGCCAGAGCUUAAAGUUUUAGAUUUGGCAAACGUGCAUUUAGUGUCACUGCCUUCUUCACUUCAUCUUCUAGUAAACCUUCGAACUUUGUGUUUGGAUCUAUCUGUACUAGGAGAUAUAGCUAUUAUCGGAGAGCUGAAAAAACUGGAAGUUCUUAGCUUUUGGUAUUCUAAAAUCGAGCAAUUGCCAAGAGAAAUAGGUCAAUUGACUUGGUUAAGAUUGUUAGAUUUGAGCAAUUGUUGCAACCUAAAAGUUAUUCCACCGAAUGUUAUAUCAAGCUUAUUCCGAUUAGAAGAACUGUAUAUGGGUAAUAGCUUUUUUCAAUGGGAAGUUGAAGGGUUCAACAUGGAAAGAAAAAAUGCUAGCCUCAAUGAGUUGAAGCAUUUGUCUCACUUGACCACUUUAGAAGUACAAAUUCAAGAUGCCAAGAUAAUACCAAGAGACUUGUUCCCCAAAAAUCUGGAAAGGUACAAAAUAUUCAUAGGAGAUGAGUGGGACUGGGAUGGUGAUCAUGGGACUUCUAAAACAUUAAGACUCAAGCUCAUUACCAGAAUUUGCUUGGAGGAUGGAAUUAUCAUGCAAAUGAAGGGAGUUGAAGAACUCUAUUUAGAUGAAUUGCAGGAUGUCAAGAAUGUUGCUUAUGAAUUAGAUAGUGAGGGCUUCCCACAAUUGAAGUAUCUUUAUGUCCAAAAUAAUCCAUAUUUCCUGUGCAUUGUUGGUUCAGUGGAUUGUGUAGCUUGUGAUGCCUUCCCCCUUUUGGAGUCCUUGUCUCUUCGCAGAUUGAUCAACCUGGAGAAGAUUUGUCAUGGUCAUCUUUCAGGAGAAUCUUUCAGCAGGUUAAGGAUCAUAAAAGUGGGUAAUUGUGACAAAUUGAAGAGUAUCUUAUCACUUUCCAUUGCUAGAGGCCUUCAACAACUUCAAAUAAUUGAAGUGACAGAAUGCAGGAUUAUGGAAGAGAUUUUUUCUAUUGGAACAGAAGAUAACAUCAACAAUAAUGAAGGAUACAAAAUGGAAGUAACUGAUGAAGAUGUAACAGAAGAGGAGAUUAUAUUUGGUAAAUUGAAGAGGUUAUCACUGUCUUAUUUACCAAAUCUUUCAAGCCUCUGCUCUGGGAAUGGCACCUUCAAAUUCCCCUCUUUGGAAGAAGUAAUUGUGAAAGGAUGUCCCAAUAUGAAGAUUUUCUCUCCAGGAGUUUUAAGCACACCAAGUUUACACAAAGUAAAAGUAUCACUGGCAGAAGGAGAGGUUGAAGCAUGUUGGGAGGGUGACAUAAAUACAACCAUACAAGAGUUACAUAAAAUCUGACUUUCCAAUGUUCUAUGGAAGAUGGAGGUCAUCAUCCUUCAAUGCACCAUCGUUGCCGCGCAUGGUUUGACUGUCAAAGUCAGACUGCAAGAAAGGCCUUCUGUCUCCAUCCAUAUUGCCCAGCUUUAGUUUUCAUUGAUAUGAUCAUUUGAGGUUGAAUUGUGGAAAGGUUAUUUUUCAUUAUCUUCUUGUUGCAGUUCACUGGAAUUCUAUUCACUUUCAGGUUUAGCCUCCAAGCUGCAAAGCCUGCCAUAUUGAAAAGAAAUUUUAAGUAUCAAUAGAAGUGUGAAUUCUGUAUUUUUGGAAUUGGGUGCCUUCUGUUACUGGAAUGAAUUCAUUUGUAUAUUUUGAUGCAUUAUGGUGAAACCAUCAAGUCAAGACUCAAAAGUUGUAAUAAUUAUGUCAUUUGUAAAGUGACAAAAUGUUAUAAUAUGAUGUUUGUUUUAUAACCUGUUAGUCACUUCACGUUGGAUUAAAGUGUUGAAGAUGGUGAUAAUUUGCUGGAAAUGCAGAAAUAUUCAACUAAACUUUCAAACUGUUUUUGGUGCCAAGUGUUAAAGUUGCUGUUACGGGUGCAGUGGUUGAAGCCACUGUUUUUGAUGAAUUAUUGUGAAGUUUUGUGACAUGUUUAGUUGGGUUCAGUUGUGAUUAAGACAUGCUUUAGUUGUAAGUUUAUUUCAAAUUCAAAUGUGUAAAAAUAUCCACUGCAUUAGGUUGUUUUAGGUGGAACAGUGGACUGUUUUUGUAUAUAUAUUAUC